UGGUAACGGCGGCUGUGCGGGCGGGGGCGGCCCCGGAGCCGCGGUCAGGUGGCACCGCCGAGACGGAGCCGGCCGAGCACGAUAAAAGUCCCGGCCCGCCGCCGCCACGGCUGCGAGGGAGCGCGGAGCCGCCGCCCGGGAGCCAUGCUCGGCGUUGGACACGCUCCCUGAGCCGCCCCAGCCUCAGCAGCCCGGAGCACCGCGGUGCCCUCCGUGACCUAAGCAGGACUUGUACCAAGCUGACUAAGCAGCGGGAGCUCUCGCCGUCCUGCUGCCACCGGGCCAGACAAUCCCUCCCUUGGCUGCACAUCCCCUUGGCUCUCUUCCCAUGAUGGAAGCCUGAGCGCCAAGAUCCUCCAUGACCUCCAGAAGCCACAACUCCCUGCCGAGAACUCUGAUGGCUCCGCGAAUGCUCUCCGAAGGUGCCCUGGGGGGCAUCGCCCAGAUCACGCCCUCGCUGUACCUGAGCCGGGGCAGCGUCGCCUCCAACCGGCACCUGCUGCUGUCGCGGGGCAUCACCUGCAUCAUCAACGCCACCAUCGAGAUCCCCAACUUCAACUGGCCCCAGUUCGAGUACGUCAAAGUGCCUUUGGCCGACAUGCCCAACGCCCCCAUCUCGCUGUACUUCGACAGCGUGGCCGACAAGAUCCACAGCGUGGCGCGGAAGCACGGCGCCACGCUGGUGCACUGCGCCGCCGGCGUCAGCAGGUCGGCCACGCUCUGCAUCGCCUUCCUCAUGAAGUACCACAAGGUCUCCCUCUUCGAGGCCUACAACUGGGUGAAGUCGCGGCGCCCCGUGAUCCGGCCCAACGUGGGCUUCUGGAGGCAGCUGAUAGACUACGAGAGGAAGCUCUUUGGGAAGACCACGGUUAAAAUGGUACAGACACCCUAUGGCAUCAUCCCAGACGUUUACGAGAGAGAGAGGAGACCCCUGAUGCCUUACUGGGGAAUUUAAUGGGACCGCAGACGGGAAGCACAACGGGAGGGACGCGCUCUUCCGAGUCCACCAGCCUGGAGACGGUCCCUUCUCCUUCUACGGCCAACUUUGGUUCUUUACCAUACAGCAGAACCUCAAUUCUCACCUCACUAACCUGCAAGGCCAACGAUUCCCUUCAAAGCAGUUUUCUCUAUGGGGAUUUCCCAUCUGCAUCUCCGAUUUAGCAAAACCAGGUCUCAUUAUAAGUUUAUUCCUUCCAUUAAGCCUCCAUAUUUUUUUUCUUUUAUUUAGUCAAGUUUAUUAGGAUCCUCCAGGGAAGAGCCUAAGGGGGCACUGGGCAGAGCAGAUGUCCCAAGUGCGCAGUAGUAGCCUGGAUAUUUUCUGCUAGCUUGUUUGCUUCCUUGCAAAACCCUGUAGUGGCUCAGGAGCAGCACCAGUGGGGCCUGCUCCACAGCAGCAGGUUUUCCAAGCACCAGGGAGGCAGGAAUACAGGGGCUGUGGUGCUGGUGCUGGUGUUUUCUUUAACAUCCGUAGUGAUUCUCAGUAUAUAGUGUUUGAGAUCUUUAGUCAGCUCUUAAUCGUAUUCAAAGUUAGGGGGGAAAAAAAGGGAAAAAAACCAACAAGAUUGAAUCAGUCCAUGUCGGCCACAAGUAAAAUAAAAAUUGAGCAAUUCAAAUCAAAUAAAUACAAGAUCCUUUUUCACUCAUUCCAUACCAGGGCAAUAGUCUUGGAAUACACUUCCAACUACUGGAAAAUGCUGGUGUGUUUUGUGGGUGGAAAGUUGACAGAUCUUGUCCAGAUGUGGCUCGAGGCAGAAGCGAGAGGGUUGAUGCCACUGGGCAGCCAAAGAGACGCUCAGGAAUGUGUGUGUGUCCCCUGCUGGGCUGUGUGUGCCAGCAUCCCUGCAGCCAGGACAGGGUGAAUGCCCUGGGUUCCUUAGCUGGGCUGUGCCAACAUCCCUGCAGCCAGGAUAGGGUGAAUGCCCUGGGCUCCUCAGCCAGGACAGGGUGAAUUCCCUGGGCUCCUCAGCCAGGACAGGGUGAAUCCCCUGGGUUCCUCAGCCAGGACAGGGUGAAUCCCCCGAGUUCCUCAGCUCUGGCUCCGCUCUGGACCUGCCUUAGCCCAUUCCUGCCUCUCUCCAUUCCGUCCCCAAGGUUAUGCUGCAUUCCAGGGUUGCUCCUGUCUGUCCCCAGGCGGGUGACAGAGGCCUGGCCUCGCUCAGAGCGUGCCAGGAGCGACUCCAGCCCCAGCCCUGCCCUGGGAAAAGCCUUCCCGUGGCUCCAGGGGCAGGACUGUGCGGAGUCAGGCUCACUUCCUUGGAGUGUGACUGGAGCCCAGCAGAGCCCCGCUCCUGAGAAGGCACCAGAGUUUCUGUUGCCUCUGGAGGAGGAGCAGGCAGAUUGCUGCCAUCGCUGUCUGAUUUAAAUGAGAUUCUAUACUUGUAAAAAAAAAAAUCAAUAAAGAUUAAACCAGAA